AUGACCAAGCAAGAGAACGCACCAGUGAGUGUCUAUAUUUCGAAGUUGAAACUCAUAUGGGAAGAAAUAUUGAGAUAUGAGGAACCAUUUAAGUGCAUGCUUUCAUCUGAUACCUGUAAUAGCCCGCCAGACCGAGUGGAGACUGCACAUAUUCCUGCCCUUCCCACUACAGUAAAUCCCAAUUUACCAGACCCUUCUCGUCCUCCUGUCCAAAUGGCAGCAUCUCUAUCUGAACUUAGGAGAUCUAUUAGAGACAGAAAACUACCGUAUUACCUUCAAGAUUUCCUUUGCAAGCUAGUGGCCUCUUCACCAACACCAAAGAACCUCCUCUUGACAAGUCAUUUGAUGAAGGUUGGCACGGUUACUUUACUCACAGAGCUAAAACCCGGUGUCAUGUCCUUUGUUAGUAGUGGUUUUGCAUUUAUCCAUUCAAAUUUCGUUACUGAUAUAUUGGCAACCGAGGCAGUGCCAAUUAAGCAAGUUGAUCCUGCCUCUAUAUAG